AAUUAGCAUGCGCAUUACCUAUUCUACUAAACUCACAUUACUCUAUACUAAAGCUUGUACUUUUCUCGGCCUUGCUACACUACAACCGCCUCCUCCGCCGCUGCUUCUCUUCCCACUGCCACCAACACUUCCUCCGCCAUGGACCAUCUCUCUUCAUCCCCCAAGACCAAAGUUUGUAUCAUUGGUAGUGGCCCUGCCGCUCACACUGCUGCCAUCUACGCUGCCAGAGCUGAACUCAAGCCUAUCCUCUUUGAAGGAUGGAUGGCCAAUGAUAUUGCGCCAGGUGGACAGCUCACCACCACUACUGACGUUGAAAAUUUCCCUGGAUUUCCUGAUGGCAUUCUCGGCGGUGAAUUAAUGGACAACUGUCGCAAUCAAUCUCUCCGUGUUGGUACCCAGAUUUUUACCGAAACCGUCACCAAAGUCGAUUUUAAGUCCUUUCCUUUUAAAGUGUUUACAGAUUCCCAGUCUGUUUUGGCUGAUUCUGUAAUUGUUGCCACCGGUGCCGUCGCCAGAAGGUUGAAAUUCACCGGUUCGGGAGAUGGGCCUGGAGGGUUUUGGAAUCGAGGAAUUUCAGCGUGUGCGGUUUGUGAUGGAGCAGCUCCGAUAUUUCGGAACAAACCUUUGGCCGUCAUUGGAGGCGGGGAUUCGGCUAUGGAAGAAGCAAACUUUUUAACCAAAUACGGAUCAAAAGUUUAUAUAAUUCAUAGGAGGGAUAAUUUUAGGGCCUCUAAGAUAAUGCAGAACAGGGCACUUACAAACCCUAAGAUUAAUGUAAUUUGGAAUUGUGUUGUGGAGGAGGCUUAUGGAGAUGGAGAGAAGGGGGUAUUGGGUGGUUUAAAGUUAAAGAAUGUGGUGACAGGGCAAGUGUCUGAUUUGAAGGUAUCUGGGUUGUUCUUUGCCAUCGGACAUGAGCCUGCUACCAAGUUCUUGGAUGGGCAAUUGGAGCUUGAUUCAGAUGGUUAUGUUGUCACUAAACCAGGCACCACACAGACGAGUGUGCGGGGGGUUUUUGCUGCGGGAGAUGUUCAGGACAAGAAGUACAGGCAGGCUAUUACGGCUGCGGGCACUGGGUGCAUGGCAGCCUUGGAUGCUGAACAUUUCUUGCAAGAGAUAGGAUCCCAGGAGGGUAAGAGUGAGUCUUCACUGUAAAUGUCCUGGGGUUAUCUGCCAACACAAAUUUAAAGAUUUCUCUGGAGAAAUUGAAGUGUCUGAUUUAUUAGUUGCUUUAUUGACUUACAAGUCUUUGGACAAAUGGAUGGCAAUACGUCUCCAGUAUGUUUUAGGAUCACAUUUUAGAAUGUCAUCAGUGGAUUGAAUAAUACAAUAGAUCUUCAUCUUUUUCACAUAAAUUGUGUGUGUUUUUCUUGGUAGAAUGACUUGAGAUGCGAUGCUAACAAUAUGAACAGUUAGGAUGGGUUGAUUUGAGUGACUUAGUUUUCUUUGUUAUAUUUCCUCUCAUUAAUUGUCAAUCGAUCACAUGCUUGUUAAGAUGUUAUGCCAAAA